AAGCCUGCCCUUCUCAAACGCAAACAAAUCAAAAACCCACAAAAAGAAUCGAUCCAUUGACGAUGGGGACCGAAUUCGAUGGCGACUUCAGCAAGGUCCCGGAGGCGUGCAUCUCGCACGUGCUGUCCCUGACCUCGCCACGUGACUCCUGCAGGUCGGCGGCGGUGUCUGCGUCGUUCAGAUCCGCCGUUGACUCCGAUACGGUUUGGGAGCGGUUCUUGCCGGAGGAUUACGAGGAGAUCCUCGAUCGAGCGGCUGAAACGGUGGAGUUCGGGUCGAAGAGGGAUUUGUACUUUAGGCUCUGUGAUCCGAUCUUGGUUGAUGGCGGUAAGAUGAGUUUUCACUUGGAGAAAUCAAGUGGAGCAAAGUGCUAUAUGAUUUCAGCUAGAGAGCUUGGCAUUGUGUGGGGGGACACCCCGCAUUACUGGAAGUGGAUCUCUGCGGCUGACACGAGGCUUACACUGAACCUUGACGCCAGGUUUGCUGAGGUGGCUUAUCUCUUAAACGUCUGUUGGCUCGAGAUCCACGGCAAGGUUGAGACCCGGAUCCUUUCCCCGAAGACGAACUACGUAGCCUAUCUUGUCUUCAAACUGGACCCGUACUCUCGUGGCCUCAGUUUCCCAGUCCAAGAAUCAUCAGUCAAGUUUGGAGCCUAUGAAUCUAAACACUGUGUGUGCGUACAACCCAAUAGGGCCCCACGACGCAGGGUCCGCAGAAUGCCCCGACCCUUUGCUAGGAGGGCUGUUGUGUGGGGCCCAGAAGGCGAGGGUUCGAGCGAGGAUUUGAGAGAGAGCAGAGUUCCAAGCAGUAGAAGUGAUGGGUGGAUGGAGAUUGAGAUGGGUGAGUUCUUCAAUGAUGGUGGUGAUGAUGGGGAGGUGGAUUUUCGCUUCUUGGAGGUUAAAGGUGGAAACUGGAAGAGUGGGCUUACUGUGCUUGGAAUAGAAGUGAGGCCGAAGAAGUGACCUUUUUGAUAGUAUGAUUUUUCAGCACAGAGCAGGAUGCAGUCACUUUUUAGCAAACUUGAUGAUUCCUGUUUACUAUCAACAGGUGCCAGCUACUUAAUCUGGUGGCGUAAAAAUUAUUGUUAUUAACAAAAAAAAUGUUCGCAACUUGGACCUUUGAACCUUUGAUCUAGCAAUUUAGUGUUGUUUAUCGAAGCUGUUAUAAAGAGAAGAUUUGAGCUGGGUGUGAAUUUUUUUUCGAAACAGAACACGCGCAGUUAUUUUUGAAUGAUUUUAUGAGUUCCCGAUUAUAAUCAGGAGAUGUGAUGAGGACAAGAA